GUCACACUUCUAAAUUUUUUAUUGUAAAAAACUUCUCUAGUAGUUUGUUCCUUUUCUUCAUAGGCAUACUUCUCCAAUUGAUUAUUAUUAUUAAACGAUGGUAAAGAAAAAACCUAUUUUCCUUCGUUUUCGAUCUUCGAAUCUUUAUAUCUUAGCAACGGUUUCUAUGUCUCUUUUUACGGAUAUGAUCGUCUAUAGUAUCAUUGUCCCUAUCAUGCCAUUUAUAAUAGACGCUUUAGAACAUGGACAAUCUCCAAACUCAGAAAAUCCUUAUAAUAAAGAGAUCACAGAUGGUGGAAAUGUAUCUAAAGAAACAGGUAGUUUGUUAGCUUUAUUUGCUGUUGGUUUAUUAGUUGGAUCUCCAAUUCUUGGAUAUUUAGCUGAUAGAUUAGAACACCGUAGAUGGCCUAUGGUUACAGGCAUUCUUGGUUUAUUAGGAGCGACAUUUUUGUUUCUAUUUGCAAAUUCUUAUUGGGAAUUAUAUCUUGCUCGAUUUUUACAAGGAUUAUCUGAUGCUUGUGUUUGGACAUUAGGUAUGUGUUUAAUUGCAGAUACUUUUCCCAUUGAAGUACUCGGAACUCAGAUGGGUCGUGUUUUAUUGUUCCAUUCAAUUGGUUUAGUAUGUGGCAGUCCUAUUGGUGGUACACUUUACCAAUCAGUUGGUUAUAAAGCCCCCUUUAUUUUAUGUAUUUGUUUAGCAGGAAUUGAUUUGAUAUUACGUUUAUUAGUUGUAGAACGUAGAAAUCAACCUCCAGAAUGGUUUGAAAAUGAUGCGACUACAAAUAAAUUAACUGUUACAACAAACACACUUGUUGAUCAUGAAAAUCAAAAAGAGAAGAAAAAAAUAACUGUGUUUCAACUCUUACGUCAACAUAGACUUUUAGCUGGUUUAUUAUUAGCUUUUGCCAAUGGUUGUGUAUAUAAUGUAUUCGAGCCAACACUAACAGUUCGUUUAUCAACUGAAUGGGGCUACAAUUCAAGUCAGAUCGGUCUUGUAUUUUUGGCACAGGUUAUACCAACAUUCAUUGCAACACCUUUGGCAGGAUAUUUAACAGAUAAAUAUGGUUCCAAGGUGGUAGCUAUCACUUCAUUGGUUAUAUGCUGCAUUACUAUGUUUUUAAUUGGUAUACCUAACAAAUCUACAGCUGGUGGUGUUGUUCCUCUGAUUGUUAUCUUUGCAAUUCAGGGCUUUACUGCUUUUUCAUUCAUCACGCCUGUGUUACCUGAAAUAACACAUGUCGUUCAGUCUUUAAAUUCAGAUAAUGGAGGUGGUGAUGAUGGACAAGGAAUGAGUUAUGGUUUGUUCAAUGUUACAUUUGGUUUGGGAGGUCUUGUGGGACCUCUCCUUGGUGGCUACUUGUAUGAUAGAAUUGGUUUCUUUUAUAUGUGUGUUGUUAUAGGCUGCUUUUUAGCACUAUGUGUACCCUAUAUAUUUGUAUAUACAGGUGAGCCGGGUAAAUUUAUUGUAAGGCUCCAAGAUAAAAGCAAUAAAUCUCAAGAAAUGAUCGAAAUAGAUGAGGAAAUAAAAGCUUUAGAAACCAGAGAUUAUUCUAAAGCUGUUACUAAUAAUACCUCUGGUAAAAGAGAGGAAGUUUAGAUGUAUAAAUCAAAAGUUAUAAAUAUUCUACCAUCCAUGUAUAUGCAUAAUAAUUUAGUAUUAAAUUCUCAUCUCCUAAUAUAUUAUUUAAUAAAGGAUAUACAUAUAAUUGUUUAUAUACAAAAAUAUAAAUAUUUGUGAAAUAAAUACAAUAAUCGUUCUACUCUUAAAAUAGAUAAGC